CAGUUCAAGUAGCGUCUUUGGAAUUCGAGAAUUUAAUUAGGGACAGAUUUAACAUGGAAAUGGUAAAAAUUUCUAACAAGGCAACUUUAAACGGGUUGGAGUAUCGGAUUGGUAGUUUUGUGUACUUGGGCUGCAGAGAAGAGGAACAGUUGUUUGGUCGAAUUGAAUUAAUUAUUUUGGAAGAUGGAGACUGUAGUAUAAUAAUUUCCGAAAUGAGUGGAGAGUAUGAUAACCAUUUUUGUAGUUAUGUUCUAAAUGAUAAAAAAUCUGUCCGAAUUAUUGAUAUAAAUGAUUUUGCCUUCUUCCUGCCCUUGUAUUCAAUGCAGUCGUUCAAAUUAAAUGAUUUAUCUAGUUAUAUGAUCCUUCCAAUUAAAUUAAUUUAGUCAUUAAUUUCCUAUGUACGAUGUUUAUUGGAUUAAUUUCUGAAUGAUUUUGGAAUUUAUGGGUGUAUUUAAAUUAAACAAUAAAGUAAGUGCGAAAAACUAAUUUUGUAUUUAAUUUUUCAGACGUUUCACGUCAAUGUUCCUGAGACUGAAAAUUUCUCAUGUUCCAGACGAAACUCAUUCUGAAGCUGGGAUUUCAAUUGAUACCAAUGACAUUUUAGACGAGAAAGAAGCACGUGAAAGGGGGCUGUGCUUGUCGCCGUCAAUACUAAAAUGUAGUUCAAAAAGCUCCAACUCGCAUUCAAAUCAGGAGGAAAUUAAAAAUAAGGAGUUGCCACCCGCUCCAGUCUUGGACUCACAAAAUUGUCAAGAGCUUUUAGUGCCGUCAAAUCUUGUACCAAUUAAAACCCGUUUUCCAGUAAGGUCACAAAUUGAUAACCAGGUAUUUGCUUCUCCGGGAGCAGCAGUAGCAAAUUCGAACAGUAAUGUUUCAAGCCAGGCGGGGACCGCUCCAAAUCUAAAACAAAUUCCCCGUCAAUCUUCGUCACGUAGGAAUAUCUAUGGAUUUGAUAUAAACGAGGUCCUUCAGAAAUCUACUUCUUUACAAAAAAUCGUCGCCACCAAGAUUCCAGAGAAUUUAAUGAUCAUUAAAGCAGAUAGGCAACUUAUUGCAGCUGUUCUUAUCGAUGCUGUCAUUUUGCACCAUGGAACCCGACCUAGCAAGGAAGCUUUGGAGCAGUUGGCCAAGGAUUUGGUGAAUUAUACCCGACGUUUGGGGAUCGGAGAAAAUUACAAAACGGAUAUGAGAUGUGGUUUUUUAGCUCCCCAUAUUGUGGCGCUACUGGGUUUUUGGAGGAGAGAUUAA